AUGGAAGAUUAAAUGUCUGAAGUUGACUAAUUGAUUUAUAAAUAAAAGAAUUUAGGAAAGAAUUGCAAAAGGGAAAUUAAAAUUGUCUUCUUUUUAGUUAUGAUGGGUGUUUUUGUAUUUUUUGAGUUAACAAUAAAUGGAAGAUGUUUAUUAACUGGAGAGAAAUGGAUAUUUUUUACUAUUGAUUGCAUCAUGUAUAUAGGUGUUUUUGUGAUUAGCUUCAUCGAAAUAAUAAUUUAGAACAAAAAAAGAAAGAAAAAAUACAAAAAGUAAAAUAGAUUAAGGGUUUUAUUUUGCAAAAGUCUUAAUACCUAUUUAUGUUUUGUAUCGACUACACUACUACUCUGUCUCAUUCAUUUGGGAGUGCAAAUAUAUUUUUUUUCCUUUGAAUUUUUUUAAGAUUGCUUUUACUAUAAUGGGUAAUUCAAGGAUACGGCAGAUUUUAAAAAGUUCAAAAUACUAUUAUUCGUUUUAUUCAUUUUAAUAGAGGUUAUUACGAUAUUCUUUUUAAUUUGGGUCGUUAAGGAAAAUUAUAAAGCUAUAAAGAAUCCUUGGAAAUUUAGAAGAAGUCGAGUAGAAAUUAGUUUUAAGAAUGAUAUUGUACUAUAAAUCAAUAGUCUUACAACCUGUUGA